GCGGAAGUAAGCUUACGCAGUCCUGUCCUGUGCUCCCAAACGGCGAGAGAGCUUUAGAGAGAGAAAACAAACACUCUGCUCUCAGAUCUUGCAAAAGAUUCUUUUCUCUUUCUUUUCCUUUCUUUCCCCCUCUCACUUGCCUUUUCCUCCCGCAUUCCACUUCCCUCGCAUUUCCGCUUCGCUCCCAAUUCUUCACUACACUCUCGCCAUGACGUGAUGAACAAGGGCUGCUGCUGCUGGAACACAUGGACGAUAGAGGUGGUUCCUUCGUCGCUGUGAGGAGGAUUUCGCAGGGUCUUGAUCGAGGCAACACGUGCCAUUCAACUUCUGCUGAGUUUGUGACAGGAUCAACAGCAUGGCUUGGCAGAGGUUUGUCCUGUGUCUGUGCACAGAGAAGAGAAAGUGAUGCUCGACCCUCUUUUGAUUUAACUCCAGCCCAGGAGGAAUGCUUGCAGAGGCUACAGAAUCGCAUAGAUGUUCCAUACGACAGCUCUGUCCCUGAGCACCAGGAUGCCCUAAGAGCUUUAUGGAAUGCUGCAUUUCCUGAAGAAGAACUCCGUGGAUUGAUUUCUGAGCAGUGGAAGGAUAUGGGCUGGCAAGGGAAGGAUCCAUCAACAGAUUUUAGGGGUGGUGGUUUCAUAUCAUUGGAGAAUUUACUGUUUUUUGCUAGGAAUUUCCCGAAAUCCUUUCAAGAUCUUUUACGGAAGCGAGAAGGGGAUCGAUCGGUUUGGGAAUACCCAUUUGCAGUUGCUGGUGUUAACAUCACAUUUAUGCUUAUUCAGAUGCUGGAUCUUGAAGCAGUCAAACCACGGACACUGGUGGGAGCAACUUUCCUAAAAUUUCUUACAGAAAAUGAAUCAGCUUUUGAUCUUCUCUAUUGCAUAACAUUCAAGCUGAUGGAUCAUCAAUGGCUCUCUAUGCGUGCGUCAUACAUGGAUUUUAACACAGUAAUGAAAUCUACACGCCGCCAGCUGGAGAAAGAGCUUCUGCUUGAAGACAUAACGCGUCUAGAAGAUAUACCCUCAUACAAACUUCUCUCACGAUAGUUAUCAGUGUUUACUGUGACUACUAGUUUUAACCAGAAGGUCGUACGUGAUGUGAUGCUACUCUUAUAAUUUCCAUUCCUUCCGAUUCGGCAUUUAACCUUCUAACAUCUGAGCAAAACUGAGGCGAGACUGAGUAUGAUAUCGUCAAGGUUCUGGAGGAAGCAGUUAAGCUUUUAAUCUAGUUGGAGGAUGAUAUUGUGGGUGGGACAAACUACCAGGGGAGUCUGAAAUGUAGGUUUGCUUCUUGCUACCAUAAAGAUUAGAUUGUAAUGAAUUGUGGUUUGCCUAUAUAUUUCCUCGAUUGCAGUAUUGUAAUUCAGGCAGUUGUACCCUUUUUCUGGUCCACAGGCAGGUAUACCUAAGCUGGUAGAUUCUGCCUGGGCCCUGUUUGUGGAGAAAUUAAUAUACUGCAUAUUGUUGUUUGAGUAACAUUUAAUGUUUGAGUUGAUGAAUAGUACCUUAAGUAUUCCUUUGGCCAAAA